AUGAAAGACCAUCAACAAAGAGUCGAAUAUCUUAAAUCAUUAAAAUCAAUCAGAGAAAGUUGUCAAGAAGUUUACAAUCUAAGCCAUUCCAACAAACUAGAGUUCUGGUCAAUCCAACCCAACCAAUUACCAGUCUUAAUAGACUACUGUACCAACCUAAUCCACAGAGAUUUCGGUACAGAUUAUCACAAGAUCCCACCGCAUGGACGAUGGCGACAUUUCUUAGUCAAUGACCAAGACAGGAUUACUCCCUUACUAACCUCAUGGAAAUCGACCCACGAAGAUCCACUUGAACCUACCCGAAAACUUAUUGAUCUAUUCGUUGUAGCCGUCUUAAUGGAUGCAGGAGCAGGUGACGAAUGGUCAUUCCAAGAACCUACUUCCCAACCUCAACCUCAAGGGAAUCAAGGAAUCGGUCGGAGUGAAGGAUUGGCAAUUGGAACGUUGUAUGGGUUUAUGAAUGGAUUGUUUUCUUCUGAUCCUCAGGUUCCUCAUCAAGUUGAUCCGAUCGGGUUGAAGUCUUUAACCCUCGAUCAGUUAUCUAAAUCUAUGCAAUCUAGACCUGGUAAUCAGAUUGUAGGAUUACAAGGCAGAACAACCUUGCUCAACAACCUAGGCAGUCUCUUAUCCACUCCUUCAGAAUUCUUUCCUUCACGUCAAUUAUCAAGACCUGGUAAUCUUCUAGACUAUCUUAUGGAUCAUCCACAAGUCAGGCCGGUUCCUAAACCAGUGAUGAAAGGUGAAAUCAUCGUUCCGGUGGACGUUUUGUGGAACUUGGUGAUUGAUCAGGAAAAAGGAUUGGGUUCGAUUUGGCCUCAUCUUGGAAGAGAACAAGUUCAUGGUCAGUUUAUUGGUGAUGUUUGGAAUUGUAAAGCGCUAGAAACUUCUAAGUCUCAAACUCUUCAAGACGGAUUUGUUUCGUUUCAUAAGUUGUCUCAAUGGCUUACGUAUUCGUUGAUCGAAGUGAUGGAAAAGACUUUAGGUUGGAUCUUUACGGGGAAAGAACAAAUGACAGGUUUACCAGAGUACAGAAACGGAGGCUUAUUAAUCGAUCUAGACUAUCUAAAACCCAAACCCGAAGCCUUCAUCAACUCCUUAUCACUACAAUCAUCUAUAGAAAACUUUGAUUUACAAGACUUGCCUGCUUUACCGGCUUCUCAUCCUGCUAUUAUCGAAUGGAGAGCUUUAACGGUCAUAGGAUUAGAUCAGAUUAAAGAAGGGAUUAAUCAAAGGUUAGGGUUGGUUGGAAAGAAGAAUGAGUUGAGUUUGGUACAGGUUUUGGAGGCGGCUACUUGGAAAGGGGGAAGAGAAAUCGCUUGGAAGAAAAGGUCGGUUGGUGGGCUCGGCUCGGCUGGUCCUCCUUUGAAGGUUGUUAGUGAUGGGACUAUCUUUUAA